AUUGCAGGCGCUCACUCUCCGGGGCCGCCCGGCGGGUAGCUGGCGGGGGGAGGAGGCAGGAACCGCGAUGGCGCCUCAGAAGCACGGCGGUGGGGGAGGGGGCGGCUCGGGGCCCAGCGCGGGGUCCGGGGCAGGCGGCUUCGGGGGUUCGGCGGCGGUGGCGGCGGCGACGGCUUCGGGCGGCAAAUCCGGCGGCGGGGGCUGUGGAGGCGGUGGCAGUUACUCGGCCUCCUCCUCCUCCGCGGCGUUACCGGUGAAGAAGCCGAAAAUGGAGCACGUCCAGGCUGACCACGAGCUUUUCCUCCAGGCCUUUGAGAAGCCAACACAGAUCUAUAGAUUUCUUCGAACUCGGAAUCUCAUAGCAGCCUUGAACGAGCAGGACUCUUGCAGAUUUCACUUCACCUCCUGCAGACAAGCAGCGCAGGGAAAAGCAUUACUGUACUUGUCUGUGGAUAUACCUGCAAGCUGUCAACGUCUGGGAGUGGUGGCUCACACCUGUAAUCCCAGCACUUUGGGAGACUGAGGCACAUGGAUCGCUUGAGCCCAGGAGUUCGAGACCAACCUGGGCAACAUGGUAAAACCCUGUCUCUAUAAAAAAUACACAAAAAUUAGCCGGGCAUGGUAGCAGAUACCUGUAGUCCCAGGUACUCGGGAGGCUGAGGUGGGAGGAUCAAUUGAGCCCAGGAGGCAGAGGUUGCAGUGAGCUGAGAUCGCACCACUGCACUCCAGCCUGGGUGACAGAGCAAGACCCUGUCUCAAAAAAUAUAAAAAUAAAAUAAAAAACAAGCUGUCACUUGCUCCACUCCUGCCCUAGGAUCUUUUCCUGGGAAACUAGUCUUGUUUCUGGGGUCAGGCAGGGCCUGGCUCUACAGUUCCCUUAGAGGAGAAGAUUGGGGAGUGCCUGGGAGGCCCUUGGGUGUGAACCUAUGCUCCUGGCUGGCUCCCAUUAUAGGAAUUAGGCCAGAAGGCAGUCACCUGCUCUGCUGCUGAGGAGGUCAGACCCUGUCUGGGCCUCUGUUUUAUUGCCUGUAAAAAGGAACAGCAUUACCUGCCUUACUCCCCUAUCUUUCAUUCAUUCAACUCAUUUACUGAGUGCCCCUUACAUGCCAGGCACUGUGCUGGAGGACUCCGGGACCACAACAGUAAAGGAAAUAGACAAAGCCCUCACCAGGCCCAUUAGUUUCUAGAAUGAUGGGAGAGGGAAAAUAAUCAAAGAAUCCUACUAAUUGAUAUAAAAUUCCAACCGUGGAAAAUAGUUUCAAACUCCAGGGGUGCUAAUUCAGGGGCUGGAGGUGGGGGGCGCAGAAUCAGGAAAGGCCACCUUCCCUGAGAACAGAGCAGCUGAGUGGGUUUCUGGAGGCAGGUCCUGACAGUCCUGAUUCUUGGGAGGAUGGAUGGCUCCAAUUCUGGCCACUGUGACUGUGCCUGGGCUUGUUGGAGCUUGUUAGCUACCCCACCUCCCCUGAGCCAGGAGUAUGAGACUUAGGAUGGGUAGGUGCUGGCUAGAUACUAGUGAACUGAAUAACCUCCCCCUGCAAGCUGCCCCCCACCUGUGGUCCCCUAGAGAGAGGAAAUUCCACAUUAAACAUUCAAGCCUCUGGAUUGGCUCCACUCUCCUCCCUCCCCUUCCAACUCCUCCCUACCACUUACACAAAAGCUUGGCCCAGUUAGGUCAGCUGCAGUGAGGGAGGGGUACUUGGCUAAAUCCUUGGAAUUAUUUCUUAGAUAAAGAACUAAGGCUAGGAGAGGCCAAGGUCCCUCAUCAGGAAUGGGACAGGGUGUGGCUCAUCCCAGAGCCAGAGCCUGCGGUACCCACUAGGGUAGAGGUCUAUUCUAACUCCUUGAAAACAGCUGCAAUCAGGUCACUGGCCUGCUCAAAACCAUCCUGGGAUUUCCAUUUCGCUCAGUGAGAGCCAAGUCCUUAUAAGGGCCUUAGCCACCUACCUCUUCUCUGUCCCUCUCCCCUGCUUUGUCCCCCUCCUUGUGCUCAAGCCAUGCUGGCCUCCUGCUUUAGGGCCUUUACACUUGCGGUAACUUUUACCUAGAAUGCUCUUCUCCUGGAUAUCCGCCUGGCCGGCUCCCUCACUUCCUUCAAGUCUCUACUAAAAUGUCACCUGACCCUCCUAUAUAAGCAACUUCCCUCCUUCCUUGCCUCCUGGCACUCCCUAAUCCUUUACCCUGUUUCAUUUUUUUCCAUAGUGUUUAUCACCAUCUGAAUUAUAACUUUCUGGUUUCUUUGUUGUCCAUCUCCCUUUACUAGAGGUCAUGAUGGCAGGGACUUUGUUUUCAUCACUACCAUAUCCCCAGCACCUAGAAUAGUGCCUGGCCUGUGGUAGAUGCUCAAAAGACGAUCGUUGAAUGAACUCUCAGUCUCAAGGAGAGGAGAUUCAGCAGCUGGAGCCCCAGAGCAUGUGGAGAGGGUUGCCAAUGUUGAGCUGCACUGUGGAGUCCAGAGCCCAAGAAUCUCCACCUAGAAGGAAGCUGAGAAAUCACAUCUCCACCCAUCCAACCGUUUAAAAGACAGGGAAACUGAGGUCCAGAGGGAAAGGUGACUUACCCAGAGAGAGCUAAAAAGUCCUGCCUGUCAAAUUUCUACAGGAAAGAAGAAAUUUCUACAGGAAAGAAGAUCGCAAAGGAAAAGAUCUGUAGACUUAUUUCCAUCAGAACAUAAAGCCUUAAUUCAAAGGCAAAUGACAAACAAAGUAGGACAAAAUCUUUCUUUUAAAAUAUGGCCGGGCACAGUGGCUCAUGCCUGUAAUCCCAGCACUUUGGGAGGCCGAGGCGGGUGGAUCACCUGAAGUCAGGAGUUCAAGACCAGCCUCAACAUGGAGAAACCCCAUCUCUACUAAAAAUACAAAAUUAGCCAGGCGUAGUGGUACAUUCCUGUAAUCCCAGCUACUCGGGAGGCUAAGACAGGAGAAUUGCUUGAACCCGGGAGGCGGAGGUUAAGGUGAGCCGAGAUCACGCCAUUGCACUCCAGCUUGGGCAACAAGAGCGAAACUCUGUCUCAAAAAAUAAAAUAAAAUAUGACAAAGGGUUACUAUUUUAACUAUAUGUGGUAAUAACCUGAAGAUCCCUCCCUCAGUAAACAGAUAAAAACCAAGUACUGAGAGGUUGUAACACAGAACAUGCAUGUGAGACACACAAAUGAGUUCUUCUCCAGCUUCCGAAUAGUGAGAAAAACACUGUGCCUUUGAUCUUGUUCUUUGCAGCCAACACAUUAGCAAUGAUUUUGUUUAAAAUGAGAAAGCUCAAAGCUGGUAGGGCUACAGUGAAACAAACACUGCUGAAGGACUGUAAAUACACCCUUUCAGGAAAAAAUUUGGUAGCCUUUAAUCAAGACCCUUGAAGCCUCUAAUUCUACAUGUACGUCUCUAAAGGAAAUAGUCUCAAGUACAGAGAAAAAGCCUUAUGUGCUAAGAUAUUCUCCAUAACAUUAUAUUGACAAGAGUAAAAAAAAAAAAAAAGAUAACCUACAUGUCCAACAGUAGCGAAAUGGCUGAGUAAAUUAUAGUCUAUCCACUCCAUGAAUAUGAGUCAUUAAAAUGAUAGGUUCAAAGAGAUUAUAAUAAUAUGGAAAACUGCUUACAUAAUAAUUUGUAUGUAGAAAAAACAGAGCUUGUUUAUGUGGCAUGGUCAUAGGCAUAGAAAAGAAUUGCACUGAGUAAAGACUGGAAACCAUGGCACCAAUAUAUUAACAGAAGUCCUCUCUGCGCGGUAGUAGGGUUAGGUAAGAUUUUCUUUUCUUCUGUUUAAAAUGUUUUCAACCCUUCUGAUAUAAACAGAUAUAAACAUAUGUUUUAAUCAUGGAAAACAUAAACAUUUUAAAAAUCUGAUGAUACUCCUCUCCUUCAAAUGUAUUCUGGCUCAAUUGCCGAAUAUCAGCUUCAUGCUCCUUGAUGUUCCGGAGACAUCACUAGGAGCUGACUUUUAUGGAAGCAGGCAGCACCAUACUGAGGGCAUUACAUACAUUAUCUUACUGAAUCCUGACUACAGCCUUAUGAGAUAGGUAUUACAAUUGUUUUUUCUUUGAGAUGGAGUUUCACUCUUGUUGCCCAGUCUGGAGUGCAAUGGCGUGAUCUCGGCUCACUGCAAUCUCUGCCUCCCAGGUUCAAGCGAUUCUCCUGCCUCGGCUUCCCAAGUAGCUGGGAUUACAGGCAUGUGCCGGGACACCUGGCUAAUUUUGUAUUUUUAGUAGAGACAGGGUUUCACCAUGUUGGUCAGGCUGGUGUCAAACUGCUGACCUCAAGUGAUCCGCCCACCUCGGCCUCCCAAAGUGCUGGGAUUACAGGUGUGAGCUACUGCGCCCGGCCAGGUAUUAUUAUUUUUACAGAUGAUGUAACUACAGCAUAGAGGGAUGAAGGGAAAUGGUUUUUCUCACUCUGGGUACAGGUUUUCUUUUCCUUACACCUACCUGUUCUAGUGCUUUCUGUUAUUCUAAGCCUUAGUAUAUGUUAGUCUCUUUGCCAGUAAUACCCUUCGUACUUUGCUUGGCCUAUUCAGCUCCUUUUCAUCCUUCAAAACCCACCUCUGUGUCCCACUUCUAGGCAGAAUUAGUCAUUGGCUAAUAUGUACUUCCACAAUACUGGGUUCAUACAUUUAACCCUGGUUUUAAACUUAACCUGGUUAUAAAUAUGUGUUCCCAGGUUUGUCUCCUCUUAACCCCUACCCAUGUCCUGCCUCCAGAUGCCCUCCCCAGAGGGCAGAGAAAAUUUUUUUCACCUCUGUAUUCCCUAUCCCUGGGCUUGACAUGCAAUAAGAUAAAAUGUUAAAUAACUUUGAUGACAUGCAUCAACUCCAGUCAAUUGAUUGCAUCUGUCUGGAUUGCUACAUUGAGAUGGGCUAUUUUUCCAGCUUUGUGGGAAGGAGUCCUGCGAUUCAUUCUUGAUGUCUGCCAUGGGCUUGGGAAUGGUAAGUACUGGCACUAAAAACUGUGUUGUCCAACCCCAGGAUAUGUACUCAGUAAAUUUUGAGAGGCUUUGGGGAAGUGCCUGGAAGUCAUAAGGGUUUCUCUCUGCUCCCAGUUGGAUAAUGCCUAUGAGAGGCUGUCUAUACAACCACUGUGACAGAGAAGAUUGCAACAGGGAUUCUUCAUCCAAACAGCAGUCUUAUCACAGCCUCCACCCAAAACCUAUGCCUCCUUUUUGCAAGAGGCCACUUACAGCUUCCAAAGACCUCUUCAUGAUUUUAGACACUGAGAGGAAGGAAGGAGACAGCAUGAGAGAAAAGCUAUUUUCCUUUUUGAGAUGUUGCUUCUCACAUAGCAACCCUAAAAGUCAAAGCAGCAUCCUUGUCACGACUAAGGGUGUUCCCAGCACUGAGUAGAAGCUGCAACUGUGUCCCCGUUGCUGUGAGACUUUGACCAAGUCCCUUUCUGGCCUCAAUUUUCUCAUCAAUGAAAUAAUUUCUGGGCCUCUAUUUCCUUGUCUGUGAAAAAUGAAGUAAUAAUAUCUACCUAUGGGGGGGAUGUUUGGGUCAAAUGAGAAAAUAUAUAUGGCCGUGAGCUUUAUGUGGCUGUGUCCAGGUGCCAGAGAUGAUGAUUGCUGUUGAACUGAGCUUGAAGGUAGGAGGGAUUUCACCAGAAAGAAGUGAGGCUGUCCCAAGUGAGAGGAAAAGUUGGGCCUUAUAGAGGGAUGCUACCCAGAAUUCAGAGAAGUACAGGGCUAGAGGUGCAUUAAGUGCAUAAAGAUGUCAUUACCGCAUGGGGGAGGUUUCACAAAACACUUUCUGUCUUUGGCCUCCUGCCCUUGGUUUCAUUUUAAACACUUUCCUUUUGAUAGAGCCUUCGCAUCUAUCCAUCUAUUCAUUUAGCAUCUACCGCCUGCCAGGCCCACUGCUAGGUGCUGAGGUUACAGACAAGAAUUUACAUAAUUCCUUCCUUCUAUGAGUCCUCAGGCUAGUGGGAAGCAGCACAACAAAUCUCAAAUAACAAUAACAAAAGCAUGCAGUAGGAUGAAUAAUUUCAGAGAGAAGGUGUGUGUGUGUCAUCAAGAGAAAGUCAAAGGAUUCACAGAGGAGCUGAAUUUUGAAGCAUGAGAUGGUAAAAAGGAGUCUCCAGGACAACAGAGAGAAGACAUGAUAAAGGGCUUUCUGUACAGUGGGAAAGGCAAGUUCUGAGAGACAGCAAGGACACCUAUUGUGUUGGGGGUACUGAAGUCAUCAUAGGACACCCUGAAGGAAAUUGAGCCAAGGCCUCAUGUUCACAAAGCGUUUCAAUUUUAGACAUUAGUCCCAGAGACUCACUCCCUAAAUUGGUCUUUUAGUUGGAGUGUUUAGUCCAGUUACAUUUAAUGUAAUUACUGAUAUAGUUGUGGUUAAGUCUACCAUCUUGCUAAAUCUUUCCUUUAACUAAAAAAUUUUUUGAUAGUGUCUCACUAUGUUUCCCAGGGUGGUCUUGACCUCCUGGCCUCAAGGAAUCAUCCCACCUCAGCCUCUCAAAGUGCUAGGAUUAUAGGCAUGAGCCACCACACCCAGCCUUGCCAGAUCUUUUCUUCUUUUCCUACCUGUUUUGUUUCUUCUCCUUUCUUAUCUUUUGGGUGAAUUAUAUUAUUUCAUUUCUGCCUUCUUCCCUUCUGUCAAGGAUUAUAACCCCUUAAGUCCGCCCGUAUUAACUCCCCACCAAUGCUUUCAAAGAAAGAAGAGCAUACUUCACACAGUUUUGGCCGGAGGUGGUGGUUCACACCUGUAAUUCCAGCAAUUUGGGAGGUGGAGGCAGGCAGAUCACUUGAGGCCAGGAGUUUGAGACCAGCCUGGCCAAUAUGGUCAAACAUUGUCUCUACUAAAAAUACAAAAAUUAACCAGGCUUGGUGGCACGUGCCUGUAGACCCAGCUAUUUGGGAGGCUGAGGCAGGAGAAUUGCUUGAACCCAGGAGGCAGACAUUGCAGUGAGCCGAGAUCAUGCCACUGCACUCCAAUCUGGGCAACAGAGCGAGACUCUGUCUCAAAAAAAAAAAAGUCACAGUUUUAACUGGUGUCCCAAUUUCUAUAGUUCUCUAUGAAUAUAUUUACUCAUGGGGACCCAUGGGGCAAGAAAAUAUAUAUGUGUAUGUAUAAAUAUAUAUGUAUAUAUUAAUUCUGUAAUUAUGCUGUGACUAAUACAGUUAAGUAGCAUUAUAUUGUGUGUUACAAUGUGUUAAUUUAUUAAACAUAAAUAUUUAAAAUAUGCUAUGAAA